AUGACCGACCACGCCUUGGUUCGCGGAUUGCAUUCGGCCAGACGCAAUUGCGCACCCAGCAUCUCCCUCACGCACCCAUCGACAAGUCAAUCAACAUGGGCGGUGGUGGAAAAAUCCCGUAAGUCUAGCCUCCUCGUACCGCUGCACCGCAACGCGGGACCCCGUCCCCCCCGAACAUUGAGACAAUCCGCAGCACCGAUCUCGACCUAUCUCAAUCGAACCCGCGCAGUCCUCUCUGACAUGACGUCCCUGCAUCUCAGGUAUCCCAAGCACGUGUGGUCGCCGGCCGGUGGCUGGUACGCGCAGCCCGCUAACUGGAGGGCCAACACGCUCAUCGCCGGUGCCGUCCUCGUCGGCGUGGUAGCCGUUACCUGGAGGUUCAGUGCCGAGCGGGAAACGUGGGCGCGCAAGCCCGAGUCCUGGGAAUGGCACCCGAGCAGAUACUGGUCUAAGCAGCUGAUUGAGUGGGACAAGGAGGACCGGUUGAAGGCGAAUGCAUCCAAGGCGGCCAAGGAGUGAUUCAUAGACGAGUCGGAGAAACACCCGUGUACAAAUUACUUUGAUAUCAAACACCAUCAUCGACGACCACCUACGAGA